AUGACUGCGAUAUCACUUCUUCCACUGCUUUAUGCAAGUGGGAUCUGCGCUCAAUAUGUUCCUGUGCCAUGGGCAUACACACAAGACGAGCCUCCCGUGAAGGUUACCGUUGAUGCUACGGUACGACAUCAAACCAUGAUUGGGGGUGGCUGUUCGGGAGCUUUCGGCGUCGCCUGCGAUCAGACCGGAUCCCAAGGGCUUUCGCCCUCGAACCAACAACUCGUCAGCGAUUACCUUUUUAGCGAAAACCUUGGAGGCCUUUCCGUUCUACGCAACCGAGUCGGUUCGAGCCCUACCGAUGGUAUUCUUGGUAGCUGUCCAUUGACACCUUCAGCACCGGCCAACUAUUCAGGCCUAGGAAUGAACGAUUCCACAGCCGACAGUUGCCAACUCAAACUCACACAGCAAGCUAUGAACGCCAAUCCGGACCUUUUUAUCUACGCCGACGCCUGGUCUGCUCCGGGUUGCUUCAAAACCGAUUCCACUGACAUCAAUGGGGGGCUGAUCUGCGGUGUGCGCGGAACCAAUUGUACGCAUGAUUGGCGACAGGCAUAUGCUGACUACCUUGUGGAAUACGUCAGGCUGUAUGAGGAAAAGGGUAUCAAUGUUAGCUUGAUAGGCGCUUACAACGAACCGGAUUUCAAUCCCGUCACUUACGCUAGCAUGGACUCCGACGGAUAUCAGGCUGCAGACUUUCUGGAGGUACUCUAUCCUACCGUCAAGAAGUAUCGCAAGAACUUGCAGGUAUCUUGCUGCGAUGCUACUGGUGCUCGUCAAGAACGUAAUCUCCUCUACGAGUUGGACCAAGCUGGUGGCGGUAAGAAUUACGAUAUAGCGACAUGGCACAACUACCAAAGCAUGCCAGAGCGGCCCUUCAAUACGCAAGGUCAGCCCAAUAUGGAGACGGAGUGGUCAGACGGCAGCGGCUCCUUCAAUACGACUUGGGAUACGACAGGUCAGCUUGCAGAGGGUUUACAAUGGGCCAUCUAUAUGCACCAAGCCUUCGUCUUUAGUGACACGUCCGGAUACCUCCACUGGUGGUGUGCGCAAGACAACCCGGGAAAUACCACUGGUAGCGAUGCCAUUCUCGUUCGCCUGGAUGGCGAUACCUUUGAGGUCUCUCGCCGUCUCUGGGCUUUCGCCGGCUACUUCCGUUUCGCACGCCCAGGAUCGGUUCGCAUCGAUGCUAUCAGUCCCGCGGAGAACCUCAAGGUCACGGCGUUCGAGAACACGAAUGGCACGCUGGCUAUCCCUGUUAUCAACGAGGCGCACUUUGAGAGGCAGGUAGAGGUAAGUAUCGGGGGCUGUCAAUUAGCUCUGGGUAUUGCGACUGCAUAUCUAGCAGACAAUGAACACAACAAUACGCUGGUUGGGACUUAUGGAGUCAAUGGGUCAACGUUCCUGGCUAGUAUUCCGCCGAGGAGUAUGACCACUUUUUUCCUGGAGUGA